CCGAGACCAGCUCGAAACACGUCGUCGGCCACUUCUUUGACUUGACAAUACCACUGCCCAUACCAAACUCGCUCACCGAAACAACCUCACUCACAAGUUCUCACUGCGACCUCACCCUCCCGCCACCUCCACUCUCUCCGCCUACACCCCACUUCCACGAGAAGCACCCGCCGAGCACGCGACAUGAGCACGACAGCAGAUGGCAGCAAAAAGGUGAUUUUGCCAGAAGAUGGAAAGCGUAAUGUCUUGAUCACAUCGGCUCUGCCAUAUGUCAACAACGUCCCACACUUGGGCAACAUCAUCGGCUCGGUGUUGUCAGCAGACGUCUUCUCGCGCUACAGCAAAGCUCGUGGAGUACCUACACUGUAUGUCUGCGGGACGGACGAGUAUGGCACAGCGACAGAAACCAAAGCCAUAGAAGAAGGCGUCACACCUCAACAACUCUGCGACAAAUACAACAAACUGCACAAAGAAGUCUACGACUGGUUUGAGAUCGAGUUCGACCACUUUGGCCGAACACCCACCCAGCAGCAGACCGACAUCGCGCAAGACAUCUUCCUCAAGCUGCACAAGAAUGGCUACUUGGAAGAGCAGACCACAAAGCAGCCAUACUGCACACAGCACAACUCUUUCCUCGCAGAUCGAUUUGUCGAAGGAGAGUGCCCAUUGUGUGGCUACAACGAUGCGCGAGGAGAUCAAUGCGACAAAUGUGGGCAUUUGCUUGAUCCUCUGGACUUGAAGAAUCCACGCUGCAAGCUUGAUGGCGCAACACCGGAAGUGCGCGAGACGAAGCACAUGUACCUUCAGCUGGACAAGUUGCAGGACAAGACAGCAGAGUGGAACGCAAAGAGCCAGGUGGAGGGAUUGUGGAGCGAUAACGGUAUCAACAUCACAAACGCCUGGAUCAGAGAAGGGCUGAAGCCUCGAGGUAUCACGAGAGAUCUCAAGUGGGGAACGCCCAUCCCAUUGCCUGGAUACGACGACAAGGUUAUGUACGUGUGGUUCGACGCCUGUAUCGGAUAUGUCUCCAUCACAGCAAACUACACAGAGCACUGGGAGAAGUGGUGGCGGAAUCCGGAAAACGUUCAGCUGUACCAGUUCAUGGGCAAGGACAACGUGCCGUUCCACACCGUCGUCUUUCCAUCAUCACAGCUGGGAACAGGCGACAAGUGGACCAUGCUGAAUACUUUGUCAACAACCGAGUACCUCAACUACGAACGCGGAAAGUUUAGCAAGUCGAGAAAUAUCGGUGUCUUCGGCAACAGCGCGAAAGAGACUGGCGUGUCUCCUGACGUCUGGCGAUACUUCCUCCUCCUUCGACGACCCGAGACCUCCGACACCGAAUUCGAAUGGGAUGCUUUCAUUGCCGCCAAUAACAACGAGCUCGUCGCCAACUUUGGCAACUUCGUCAACCGCGUUCUCAAGUUCGUUAACUCAGCGAACUACGACAGCGUCAUCCCAGCUUGGCCCAAGGACAGCCUACCCGAAGAUGUGUCAACCGGUCUGAAGAAGCACAUCGCCGAUACAAAUGCGAAGGUGAAACAGUACAUUGCCGACAUGGACGCCGUGCAUCUCAAAGCUGGUCUGAUCACUGCUCGUGAGAUCUCAUCUCUGGGCAAUCUCCUUCUCCAGUCGAACCGACUCGACAACAACCUCUUCACGAACGAGCGCGCGCGAUGUGAUGCCGUCGUCAACAUUGCAGUGCAACACAUUCAUCUCCUCGCUUCUAUCAUCGCACCCUACAUGCCAGGCACAACAAAGAGCAUCCUUUCGCAACUGCAAGCGGAUUUGCUCAUCAUCCCUGAUGACUGGCAAGCGGAGAGCAUUCCUGCUGGUCACAAGAUCGGCAAGGCAGCACACUUGUUCAAGAACAUCAAGCCUGAGCAGGAACAAGUCUGGAAGGAGAUGUUUGGCGGUGAUGAGCUGAAGAAGGCAAAGGAAGAGGAAGCGAAGAAGAAGGCGGCGAGGAAAGCUGACAAGGAUAAGAAGAAGGCCAAGAAGGCCGCUGAGAGAGCGGCGGCGCAGGUGGAUGGUGCGGGUGAGGGAGUAGAGGCUUCGGCGAAGGAUGGCGCGGAGAAGCCUUCCGCGGAUGACGCGGUGAAGGAGGUGACAGAAGGUGUGAAGCAGGCCACGUUGCAGACAUCCUAGUGGGCGGUGUUGAAAUACGGCCUUUUGUGUUUUGCAUCCAAGAAGUGGAAUACGGGGGCGUUCCGUCGUGUUGGGAUUAGCGAUGAUGGUGGCUAUAGGCGUACUCACUUCUGCAGGCGGGAUGAUACAGAAUCCAAUGGAUUAUGCUACAGUAGCAAGCGGCAGAUGGCCGGUGCGACAGCAUCGUGCCCUCAAGUGACAGCACCGAUCUCAGACUCCUCGACUUUGCCCUUCUCUCUUCCGGUCUGCUUGGUUUGGUCAUCGCGCCUCCUUGGCUCCUUCACGUACAACAACGACAAACUCCUGCGUGUCCCUUUCCUGCCACGGUAAACAUCGAUCUUGUUACCAUACGCCGUGCGGCAAUGUAGCAUUGCCUCAGACGAUCGCCAGCAAACUUCGCCACACUCAUUUCUGCUCUCUCAAACAAUGGACGUCAAACUUCCACCCAAC